AUGUAUGUUGUUGCCUUCGUAGACAAUAAACAUGAAAACAAGCUGUGGCUAUGCUACGUUGCAAUUAUGGACGUAAUUGCACAACCAAAGCAAUCAAUAUCUACGAAAUCUUCGUUCGACUUGCUCCUAGGUGGAUGGUACCUCCAGACCACAUCAAUCACCUCUAAUCAAGUAAACGAGUUGAUAAGCCAACUGGAACAGAACGUAUCUGAAAGCCUUCAGAAUCCCUUCGUAGCGGAUGACUACGUGUCACAGUUGGAGGAUUUUAUUAAUCAAAUUCCUUCAACAUUACCUCCCAAUGCGCAAGCAAUAAGUCUUCGAGAGACACUACUCAUUGUCUCCGACAUAAUUCACCGUGGAAAUGCCGCAGUUCAGCUCCUAGAACGUCUCGCUUUUCUAAUGAAUCUUCAUUCUACCCAACGGUUACAGGAAUUGCGGUAUGCUUAUCCAAGAGCUGUUGAGAGCUUGUCGUCGUGCUUUCAAGCACUUGAGGGCGUUCUUCGAGAGUUUCUGGAAUGGCGAAAUACAUUGCUUCUCGGUUCAGAUCUCGCUGAGGCUGACAUAUCGGCUCAGACUCUGAUUGAAUCGAUAAACUUUGCUAUGGAUGUGCUAACUCAGGAAGUCGCUCACACUGGAAUCCUUCGAUUCACAAACGCGCCUGAUUUUCUGUCUGCAACUCUCGCCUGGUUAUCUAGUCUCCCUACAUAUCUCCUCAGUUUUCCAGACGCCUUUUCUGAAUCACAGCUUGAAAACUCGACGGUGUUUACACAAACAGACUCACUCCUGCUUCAAGUCCUUGACCUUGAAUGGCGUAUGGACGAUUCAAGCAUUCAGACCCGUAAUGAUUUGUACAAAGAGUUAGGCGAUCAGUUCAAACUUCAGUCAAAUUGGAUGUCCGAAAUUGAGGAAUUGAAGGAUUCCGUCGAUAUCAAGAAAAGAAGAACCUUUCUCAACGUGCAAGAGGGCAUCGAACGCUCCGCUCGAAGUCGAAAUUCCAAUUACUACCAUGUGCUGGCCGGUUCCAGGGAAAUGAAUAAAGUGGUACAAGGCUUUUCGAUAGUGGAUUUCAUCGUUUCUAGAGCCGAAGCAUUCCAGGACAUUGAUAUUCCGAAAAUGGAUGAUGAAAACAGCAAAAUCUUCACUCCAAAUGAGUUCGAAGAUAAAUUUUCGAAAUUGAGGGUAGACUCAUUCUUUGAGCAGAUGAGAUUUAUUUCCGAUGAAUGCAAACAAUGUGGCCAAAAUAAAGAUUUGGUUCAAAACGGUUUACAUACUGCAGAGUGCUUUAGGAGGGCGGAAGUUCUGUCUAAUGUCGGCAGAAAAUGGUUUUCUGCUCUUAAAAGGCCUUCGGGUAUAACAAAUCGUAUUCUAUGCUGCUUUUGGCCAGAAGCAAUUAAACGGAUGAUAUCGAUCGAUCAGUGUCAGAUAGAAACGAGAUCGUACACCGAUUGGUGUAAGAACGCUAUUGCCCUACGAAAUGUUGUCGCGGAAUCACUUGUUCCUGACCAUAUUGACCCAAGUGGAUUUCAGCACAAUAGAAUUUUGAUUGAAAACUCCUUCAAGAAUUUCCGUAGGAGUAUUAAAGAUACGGAGACCAUUAUCAACGACAUCUCCAUUGAUUUUAAGCCGAAUUAUGAGGAUAUCUAUCAGGCUUGCUCAAGACUGCGCGACACAGCUGAGAGCUAUUCAACACAACUUCAUGAACAUAUAAAGAAUUUGACUCUCUAUUCCUUGCCAAAGGCUAAAAAAGACCUGCAGCACCUUGAGGAUAAUUUGAAUGACCUUGUCAAUAACAGAACUGCCCAACUUUCACUUGAGGACUGCAGUAGUCAAGUUGUGCAGUUGGAGCGCAAUCUUCAAGCUCUUCGGCACAUGUCUCGAAUUCUAUUCACUUGCCUUGCGGCUAAUCCAAAAUCAGUUUUAUCUACAAAACCCACGGAACAACUGGAAGUCAAUGAAUUGUAUAAACGUGCUGUAAAAAUUGUGCGUGAUUAUGAAGCUAGUGAAAGUGGAUAUCAAAUUGUUGAAGCCUGGAAGAAGCUCCAAGAAAUUGCUGAUAAACUGGGACGCUGUCAGGCUGGUCUCCCUAUUGAGGAAGUCGCUGCAUCAGCUGAAAUGGAGAUUAGCCAAUCACCAACGUUUGAAUGUCACUUGGAAGGAUAUCCCAGUGCAUCUAUGGCUCGAAAACGUAGCUGGACACUACUAGAGAUUCUUGGAUCUCACGAGUGUCUAUAUCCAGGUUGCCGUGAAAAGAAAAGAGAUAGACAUAGUGCGGACGAUGAGGGUGACACAAUCUUGCACGAUCUUCACAUAUUCUACACUUUCCUCUGCUCCGAUUACAACAGAUACGCCAAUCGAAGUUCUUGUGAUAUUUUAACGCCUGACUCGAAUGAAGCAGCCACUAGUGAAAUUGUUCUGAUGGAAGUUAGAGAAAAAUGGCAUCGUGAUAAAGAUCUCUUGAAUGAGUUUAACAAUCUGCAAAGACGAGUUGGACUUAGUUCUGGAGUAGAUUCAGACAUUGAAUCCACAUUCAAUAUGAUUGAAAGCCUCUGGGGAAGACCAGUGACUCCUAAAUUCGUUAUAGAAUCUUCCAGGAAACUGGCUACGGUUUCCUCGUGGUUGUGUGAGGUCGAACAGCAAAUGGAACUUGUUAUUCUCCCUAGACUUCAAGCUGCUUGGAAGACACCGUCAAAAGCUGACCCUCUUUCAGUUGUUGAAAAAUGUGUCUACAUGAUGAACGAGAUUGCUGAAGAUCUAGACCGUCUUCAACGAAGAGAAAUGAUAGCAGCGAAGGAACUUCAGAACAUUCACAAUUCUCUGAGAGUUGGGUGGUUCAGUGUUCGAGAAUACCUUCUUAUUAAAUGCAACAGACUUACCACAGAUUCUGCCAGAUAUUUCCCUUUGGUCGAUGAUUUUGUUAACCAUUCUGUUGGAUUCAAGGACUACAGUCUAUUGAACAUUUACAAUCGUCUUUGUGGCCAGUUCCUGUUGAAAGGUCCUCGACAAAGAAGGUCGAGUCACAGUCAGCCGGAUGGAAGAAAGUUUUGCACAACGAAAAUGUCUAUUCGGUCCUUAUACCUUCCAUCUUGGUUUACGGAGAGAUGUAGGCUGGUAAAUGACCGUCCACCUGUUGCAUUGACAAUCCACUCCCUUCCCGACAUUUCUACAGAAGCUUAUCCGACACCUGAACCUACCUUCCAUAGCCCUCGGUGUGUGUCAGUGAAUUCCCGAAGGUGGAUGUCACUCCCCGAAAUCCGACCAGGUCCUCAAAUUGUCCAUCGAAAGAGAGUUGAGAACAGCUUUUCAGUGGUUGAUGACGAUGCGGAGACCAUAAUUUCACCCUUCAGCGGGCUCUGUGACAGCCAAAUGAGCACUUCUGGUGUAUCCUUUAUACCACAGGCGGAUGAAGAAAAGUGUGAUGCUAGGCACACAAUGGACAAGGAAUGCAAUGUACCAACCUCACCGGCUUCUAUACGAAAAUCCGAAUUCAAUGACCCACUGGUUACCCCGAAGGUUGGUCUCAUGGAGCAAUUGCCAAAAAUAAAUUUUAAUGUAUACCUCUAUUUGGGGUUUCCUUUUUUAGGAAUUAUCGCCAACAAGAACGCGAAACUACCUCACAACUCACGAACCUAUUUCAAAUCUCGAGACAAGUCACCAAUCACGUGGUGUACUAUCUACCUUCCAAACGAUGAAGAGACCGAAUCGAUGGUUAAUCCGGAAAUUGUACCAAUGAGGAGAGUCGUAGAGGUCGCAGAUGAUCCUAUCAUUCCACAACGGGAGAUCUACGCUCCAAUGGUAUUUUCCGCCCCUUUCGAAAUCCCAGAUGAAGAGGUGGAGGUGGAGGAGGGAUCUGAACUUAUUGAGGAGACGACAACGGAGGCGGCGGAAUGCGGUCCUUCCAUAACUGACGAUUCAGGAGUUUGUGAUUGGCUACGAACUCAGCAGGCUGUGAAUAUUCAACGACUCAUUCAGGAAUAUGGUGAUGGCGUUGACGAUAUGCCGCUAACUGAUGUUGAUUGUGUUUCAAACAAUUCGAACAGCCCUGAUUUUGUAAGAAUACAGUUUAUCUACCGAAGGAACAAGAACAGCGUCUCCGCGUCCUUCGAGGAGUCGGGUUUGGGAGAAGAGGAGUGGUCGCGAAAGAGUAUGGAAGUCCCUCCACUCGAUAAGGGAGAACACUCUCCCAGCGAUAUUUCGGAGGAUCAUGUGAAUUGGGGUCCGUUAAUAGAGAGACCAGCGAGUCCUCAUCUCUCAGUAAUUUCUGAAGCAUCUACAGACGAGUCGGUUGGUUUCUCAUUCAUUCAUUCAUCUAUUCCCUACGCAUUUGGAAAACAACACGCAAUUGAGUAUCCUCAAAUGGCAUCAGAAGGAAUAUCAGAAGAUGAAGCUAUAAAAAUAUCUGGGGAAUGUAUGGUCAUCAAACCGAAUGUGUCCCCAUACCAACAGUCAAGCAGUGAUGAACAAAAGAUCGAAACUCUUCCUUCAUUGGACGACACUGAAUUAACUGAUACCUCAACACCGAUUGCGAGGAGAUUUGAGGACACGGACCAUCUUCUUCCACCCUUCUUGGGUCCUGGGUCUCAGGAGAGCGAAGACUCAGAUGAGGAGGGUGAUAAAACCAUCUCUGCUCUUCUCCCACAAGAUGACGUCGGGAGUGAUGAGAAGGGAUCGUUAACAUGUCCAAACACCAAUGAUGUUGAGAAUUCUGAAGACGAGCACACUUCUUCUGAAGUACAAUCAGAUGAAAAACAGCUUAUUGUGGAAUUAGAUGACGAUCUAAAAACCUUCCAAGUUGAAAUUACGAGCUCCGACAUCUCCACGAAAAACUCACAAACGAAAGAUAAAGGCAGGAAAAGUUACAAACGUAAAUAUCAGGAAACACAGGGGGUUGAAGAUGGUAGGACUGAAGGCUAUCUUUACCUUGAAAGUCACGAACAGCAACCUGAAAUGUCUCCAUUGACGUUUUCUGUCCACGGACUCGAUGACACACCUCCCGGACCUUCUCCUGUGAAUAUUCCUCUCCAGCGUCCAACUGAGCAUAAUACCUCUACUGAAAAUGUCAGUAAUCUCGAGAUAGAUAAUGGCGCAUUGGAAGAAAAUGUCCUGGUAGAUAGCCUUCAGGAAGUUGAGAAUUCUUUGGAUGAGGUUAAUUGCAAUGAAAUUCGUCGAAACCAAUUACUCUUUCCAAUGAGUGAGACAAUGUCUAAUGUCCCUGAGAUUACAGAGGAGGAAUCGCCCACAGCAAUAAAAAAUGAAAAUCGAUCAAAGAAAUCGAAAAGCCGAAAGGCAAAGAAAUCUGCGCCCAAGGAAAAUAAAAAGGUUGAAACAAAGAGUGCAGAGUCUGCCGCUUCGAGCGAUAAUUUGCCGAAGUCCUCUUGCAAAGAGAGCUCUAAAAAUGUGGAAGAAGAACUGGAGAAAAACGAUCCGGGCGGAGUUCUUUUCAAAGUUCCUGAGGAAAUGGCCCAAUCUGUGCUGGAUGCAAGCAAUGGUGGCAAUGAACUCAAUCUCAAUGAAGAACCAUUUACAGUGGAAAGUUUGGUAGUCUCAGAACCCGCCGGAGGCGUUAUUAAAGAGUGCUUGGCUAAGGAAGAAUCCUCCGAACUCUCAAUUGAAAUAAUUCCUGGCGUUGUUGACGCUGAUCUUGUUGGGACAGGAUCUACAAAGGAUUUGGAGUCGCCCUCUGACGAGGCGGAUUUUUCUGAACCGUCUGUGAUUGAGCUACCACGUCGAAUGUCAGAACCCGAGCUCAGAGAAAAGAUCAUUGAAGAGUGCAAUCCCAUCGUGGAAGAAGAAGUAGAAGAAGGACUAGAAGAUUCAGCAGCCGGUGUUCGAGAUGACGAAACAGAAUCAGGUCUAUUUCCAAAAGAUGCCAACUUUGGUUCUCCCUUUUCCUCCAAAGAUUGGUCAACCGAGCAUCCUUUUGAUGGCACUUCAAAGGCUGAUGACAUUGCACUUAUGGGCUCCAUUCAACAGGAAGGACAUUUCCAAGAACCGGUGAUUCCAAAUACUGUAAUGGUUAUAUCUGAUCAGGGAUUGAGUAGAACUGACAAUGGGGAAAUACCUGAACUAUCGUCAUUGAUGGAACCAAAUCCUGGAGUUGGGACCGUGGACGAGAAAAAGCCAUCGACAUCCAACGAUGAUGUUUUAAGUACCUCUAAUCAGUUGGAACUCGCUUCUUUGCCUGCCGAUGAUUGGAUCGAUCCUCGGUCUAAAAAGACGCGUAAACACCGAAAUAAGAAGUACAAAGGUAAAGAGAAAGACUCCCAAGGGGGUGAAGUUCUACCGGAAGUUGUAACAGUUGUAUCAUCAGAAAAGGAAACAGACGGGUUUGAAGACGUGCUAAAGGCUGGGGAAAAGGCCUUGAGGGGAAUCGGACUUCAAUCGGCAGGAAAUGACGAAGAAAUGGUUCUGGGAGUAUCUCAUGAAAAAUUACCGCAGACUGCUCAAGAACCACAACCCACUGUUGGUGGAAACUCAACUCCAUGCGACAUGCUGUAUCGCCAAGCUGAACUCCCUGAAGUCGAGGAUCCUGUUGACAAGAAUCCAUCCAUUGACACAGCUUAUGUGCAACCGUCCAAAUCGAAGAAGAAAGGUCGAGAAAAUAGGAAAUCUAAGAAACAAGACGCCCACAAUGGAAAGCGCUCACCUCAAAAAGCUGUUGAAAUCCCUCAGCCCGAGGAGAGGCCGUCUUGGAAAGAAUCUGGCGAAAUUCAGGAGAGUAUUUCUACUGAAACCACUCCCAGUGGGUCAAAAUUUUCAUCUUUCGAAGAGGUAACAGAUAUUGGAUCAAUUCUUCCGCUUGGUGGUUCUGCGGAUGAAGAUGAAAAUAAAUUGAAGGGAAUGACAUUGCUCCCGAAAAUUUCAGAAAAGAUUGAAGUAAGGCACGAUAUUCCUCCUGAAACUGAAGAGGCUAGUACUCCAACUGAACUGAAGACUAAAAUCCUGCAAAACCCUGAAAUGAAGUCGCCUAAUUUGGAUAUUGCUGAUGCGUCCAAAUUGCAGGAGCCAGUAAUGGUUGAGAAGGCUUUAAUUCCUAACGCCGAUUGGACCACGACGGACGAUGUAUGCUUAGACACUCCUUCGGAUUUCUACUGUGAGCAAAAUUAUGAGCGGAGUGAUUCAACAUUUGAGAAUAUCGACAGACAAGGGGAAAUCGAAGAUAUCACAGCUGAUAAAACUCAAUCAACUGAGGUCGAUAAUCAAGAUAGUGGAUCUUCCACAACCACGAAUUCGGUGGAACAGGAUGAAUAUCCUUCUGAAAUUAAGUCGGCUGACGAGAGCGGUUACGUCGCUGCGCCACGAGAGGAGCAAACGUGUAAUCAGUCGCAAGUCGACAUACAUGAACCGUUACUAGAAUUGAAACCAGACGAAACAAUUCCGCAAGGAUCGGAAUCUCCGCAUUCCGGAGGUAAACUCGUUACGGAAUUCAAAGACUUGGGUAAGGAAUACGCUGGACUUCAAGAGGUUUCACCCUCUUCCGCUUCUAUGGGUAAGAAUGAAGAUGUGCCACUGGGUUCAAGAAACUUCUCGAAUCUGAACGAUCCUCAAGAGGCAAAUCAGAAUGAAUCUGGAGAACAGAUUGAUGGAAAAUCGAAGAAACCCCUUGAGCGUGAACAAAAGAAAUUAAGGGAUAGUGAAGAGAGUACUGCUCAAUCAACUUAUGUCGAAACCGAGGUGGAACACCGGUUGCAGGAACAUCCCUCUGAGUCAGAGCUUGAAGGAAACCAAAACAUUUCUUCUGAACUUGCUCCGCAAGCAUGUUUGAUAGCUAAAACAGAGGCCAAGGAAGAUGCGAGUAGUCGCCGGCCUGUUAAUGAAAAUAUUGUCCCCAUUGUUGACAGGUCAAAGAGGAAACCUCCGAUAUUAAAUUUGGAGGAGCCUGCGGAUUCUUUGUCCCAUCCAUAUGAAAAUGUACAAUCUCUAAAUUUGACCCCUUUUGGGGACAGAGAGAACUUUCUCUCCGGUAUCAAAGGUGGCACUAAUUAUGAAUUGCCUACCAGAAAGAGUGAAUCUCAAGACUUACCUUCGGAAUCCAUAGCGGAUGAACACCCAGGCAAACUGGAAAAUACUCCUCAUAAGGUGGAAGAAAUCAAGGUAUAUGAAAUGGCUCCGCACGAACCUGAAUCGACUUCCAUGGGAGGUUAUCAAGAAGAAAUUUUGACCGAAAGUGGUGACAGCCAUGAAGCCGCUGACUUGAAGCUUCCGGACAGAUGUGACUCCCCAAUUCAAUGGAAGACAAAGGAUGAACGCACAAUAUCCGAUUUAGGAGCAGAUUUGGGAUUGGAGAAUCCCCUUGCAGAUAAAUCGGAUGGAAUUACCGACGCGGGUCAUUUGAAAGAUCAAUCGGAAGCGGUUUCUGUAAACCGAAGUAAGGCCUCACAACGUAGUAAACACAACCGAAAAUCCAAGCAUAAGAAAGGAGAAAGUUACAAGGAAAAACUUGCCAUUGCUCCAAAAGUCUUACCACAUGAAUACCAAUUAGAGCCCUACAGACCUCUUGAGUCCUCCACAGAAGAGCGCCUACCUUCAUUUAAAUCUCCCAAAGCCGGUGAUAAAUCCAAAGACCACAAAUUUGGUGGAACUUCUGCUCAAGAAACACCCAAUUCCUCAGAUAUAUCUAAUCGACUUGAUGAGUCAAAUCGUCCAGAUGCAGAGUCGGUCACUUCCGAGAUGGAGGAAUUCUUUCCACUUAAAGACUGCCAAGAAGCGGAUAAAUCAGAGAAUUGUGGCAAAGAACCUAAGCAUUUGAAGGAAUUGGAUCGGGAGGAAUCCCAAAAUCAGGAUGAAAUUCCUCCAAUCUCGCCUUCUGCCGACGAAUGCCAAUUAAUUAAAGAAUCUGAGGUUCCACAAGAUGAGUCAUCAAGCGAGAAAGACGUCAAAACUACUACCAAACCGUCACCAGAUGGGAUUGGAGAAACUCCAUUACCAAAGUCGAGUAAACGGCGUGGGCGUAAUGGAAGGACAUCGCCUCUGUCGAAGAUUCUUCACAAAUCCCCUGUAAGCCAUUUAAUUUUGUUACUGAACAUAUCCGGAAUAUACAUCAGGAAGUGCGUAUUGAGAGCACUAAUGAGUUUCUGUUUGUCGGAUCCCAUUUCCUACGGUCAAGCCAAAUUGGACGCUUCUGUGUCGAAUCAAGUUGAAAUGAGAACACAACAGUCAAAAACAUUUAGAAUUAUGUUCACCGAGUACCGAUUGUCUCCAAAACUGUAUGUAACUGAUGAAAAAAACUGUGACGAUGAUGAUGAUUAUGUGUUUGUUUUUUGGAAUAUAAAGGAUGAAGAAAUAAGAGAUGAUUUUCCCGAUGAAUUUUCCUUCUCAAUACUCGAAAAAACCAGCACCGACUCCGAGGAACCCGACAAUGUCAGAGUCGAAUUAGGACCAGAAUAUGAGAACAUUGUAAAGGAGUCCUUGCAGGAACCUCUCGUCAUUCCAUCCUCAAGGCUUAAAGUUAGUGUAAAGCGUAGGCCAUGUCGAUGGUCUCGAUUCCUGAUUCUCCUUCUCCUCCUUAUUCUCCUCAUCAUCCCCUUCCUGCUCUUGCUGUGCGUGGUUAAUCCCGACUACUGCGUUCUGCCAGGACUCUGCCCAGGUUUGGAUCUGCGUCAACGCAUUAGUUUCCACAUACGAGAAUUUCAUAGAAGGCGCAUGCCCCAUAACCCCAUCUAA